UCUUUGUCUCUUUUAUUCUUUGGCUAAACAAAUUCGUUGAGAAAUCAAAUGGUGACCAAAGAAGAAGAUUGCCUUCCUCCUGUAACGGAGACCACGUCGAGAUGUUAUUCUACUUCUUCUUCUACUCCCCUUGCGGAGUUAGAGACUGUCCGAAGCUUAGAAAUCGUCGAAUCUUCUUCCUCUCUCUCUCCCGUUUGGUUACUGGUGAUCUUUUGUAUCAUUAACUUGUUAAACUACAUGGAUCGUGGUGCGAUAGCGAGCAAUGGUGUCAAUGGCAGUACCAGGAGUUGUAAUGAUAAGGGCAAAUGCACUCUUGCAACUGGAAUUCAGGGACAUUUUAACCUAAGUAAUUUCGAAGAUGGUGUAUUGUCAUCUUCAUUUAUGGUUGGACUUCUUAUUGCAUCACCAAUCUUUGCUUCAUUGGCAAAAAGACUUAUUGGAGUAGGUUUAACUGUUUGGACUAUUGCAGUUCUUGGCUGUGGCAGUUCCUUUGCCUUUUGGUUUAUCGUCUUAUGUCGUAUGUUCGUUGGUGUAGGUGAAGCUUCUUUCAUUAGUCUUGCAGCUCCAUUUAUAGAUGACAAUGCUCCUCAAGAACAGAAAGCUGCAUGGCUUGGACUGUUUUACAUGUGUAUACCAAGUGGUGUUGCUCUUGGUUAUGUCUAUGGCGGAUACGUAGGAAAACAUUUUAGUUGGCGGUAUGCGUUUUGGGGUGAAGCUGUUUUAAUGGCUCCAUUUGCUGUUCUUGGUUUUUUAAUGAAACCUUUACAGUUAAAAGGAUCAGAGACAUUGAAAAACAACAAUCGUCUUCAGGUUGAUAAUGAGAUUGAGCAUGACCAGUUUGAGGUCUCAAUUGAAACUAGCAAGUCAAGUUAUGCGAACGCGGUUUUCAAAUCAUUUACUGGCUUUGCAAAAGACAUGAAAGUUCUGUAUAAAGAAAAGGUCUUUGUUGUUAAUGUCUUAGGUUAUGUAUCAUACAAUUUCGUUAUAGGAGCAUACUCAUAUUGGGGACCAAAGGCUGGUUAUAACAUUUAUAAAAUGAAAAACGCAGAUAUGAUCUUUGGGGCAGUAACUAUCAUUUGUGGGAUCGUUGGAACAUUAUCAGGAGGCUUUAUACUUGAUCGUGUUACUGCUACAAUUCCAAAUGCUUUUAAGCUCUUAUCCGGAGCAACAUUUCUCGGGGCGGUAUUUUGCUUCACUGCAUUUACCCUGAAGAGUUUAUACGGUUUCAUCGCUCUCUUUGCUUUAGGAGAGCUUCUUGUGUUUGCUACACAGGCUCCUGUAAACUAUGUGUGUUUGCAUUGUGUGAAACCAAGUUUACGACCAUUAUCAAUGGCUAUAUCCACCGUCGCAAUUCACAUAUUCGGCGAUGUUCCUUCUUCGCCUCUUGUCGGUAUCGUUCAGGAUCAUAUCAACAGUUGGAGAAAAACCACACUGAUUCUUACAUCGAUUCUGUUCUUAGCUGCUGCAAUAUGGUUUAUAGGUAAAAUAAAUCUCAAUUCUUUUUAUUCAAAUGAUGAAAGCUUUCUGGUCCAAAUCAAGCUUUUUGUUGCGAAUUUGUGCUUUUGCAAGGGAUAUUCAUAAACAGUGUAGAUCGGUUUAAUCAAGAAGAAACUGGAAGUGAGAACCCGAGGAGGCCAGAGCUAUCGUCUCGAACUCCAUAAAUACUUUAGUAAUCUAUUUGUAUUGAAAUUUUAACAGAGUCUUGUACAGUUCCAAAACACAGUUUAACGUUUUGAAAACAU